AUGUCAGCACGUUCAACAACGCCUCGAAAUACCAUCGCCUGUGUCCCGUGCCGAACGACCAAACUGAGAUGUUCGCAUCGUAAUCAAGCUCCAUGUGAUCGCUGCUAUUCCGCUGGUCGAGCAGCUUCCUGCUAUUUCCCUAAAAAAUGGACCUCUGCCUUGCAUCGGCAGCCGAAGAAGCCGCGCCACGCGAUUCACGCUCACCAGCCCGGAAAGGACAGCGGACUGGACGCGUUGGCAAGCUCUGCUUCCAUCGAUGAGCGACCGGUACAGCUUGGCCCGAUCGAGGAGUUGAACUCCCUUUCCGCAGAGACAUUCUCGCCAGACGGCCCUUUGAGGUGGCUCACAAAAGACGUGCAACAGUGUUACCUGCGAUGUACUUACAAGUGGAGCUUUCACCACAAGCCAAGGCUGUUGCAGCAAAUCAGGGACGGGACGAUUGACUCGGCAUUGGCGUGGGCCAUCCUGACACUUGCUUCUAGGUACUCUCCCACGCCAGCAUGCUUUAGCACCCCACUCGAAGCCAGCAAUUUCUUUGCACAGCGUGCAUCGCGUGCCGUACAGCUCCGUAUCACUUCACCGAGCUUGGCCCAAGCGCAGGCGCUCUUGCUGCUUACGGGACACAAGUGGGGUGCCGGCGACGGCGAGAGCGCCUGGAUCUAUCUUGGGAUAGCGGUGCGCAUGGUGCAGAUGAUGGGACUCUGUUCAGAGUAUUUGAGCACUGGCGAUGAUGAGUCGGCGUCAGAGACGUUCAUCUUGGCCGAAGAACGUCGCCGCAUAGCUUGGACGUGCUUCCUCAUGGAGAGCCUUCUCAGUGGCGGUGGCGGUCGUGCGCGUAUACUCAAAUCCGAAGAUAUGACGAUUCAGCUUCCGUGUGAAGACGUGGCCUUCGUGUUUGGGACCCCCGUGCGAUGCGAACUGUUGGCCAACGGAUACUCCCAAGAGAAGCUCCCUGGCACUACGAGUAUAUCAAAUAUGUCGAUCCUUGCUUACACGGUAAGAGUUGCAGACAUAUGGGGCCAUGUGGCGGGGUGGGCCUCGAGCGACGAAUCCAUGAUUGUAAGUCUCGAUCAUCCGGAAUCGAGGGCUCACAGCCUCGUGUCGUCACUUGAGCGUUGGAGGUCGACAUUGCCGGACCGGCUACGGUACAGUCUGUUCUCGCUACAAGCCCACAGCGUGCUCGAACAGGGCCAAGGUUACUGCUACAUGCACUGUAUAUAUUUCAUGGCCGUCAUAUUCCUCCACCGCAAUUAUCUGCCGCAUCUGGGCCUGUCGAGAAGCCAGCGGUCUCUGAACAGCCCAGAGCAAGAUGAUGCGUUCCUGGACUGGGCGGCCCGGGCGUCACAGACCCUCUACGACACCGCGUCCACGGUGUGCGAUAUGUGCGAGGAGAUCAACCGAUCCGGCGCCGACUUUCGGAGGGGGCUGGUUCCAUGGAUCGGUUUCACCGUGUACACCACGAUUGGCGUCAUGCUCUACUUCCAAUCCUUCCCGCUCGAGCCCAGUGUGGAGUUUCUCAGCAAAACCAGACACAGACUCCACAGUGCAUACCUGCUUCUCAAGGAGAUGAAGAACGAAUGGCCCAUGGCAAGUCGAUGGCUCGAAAAUAUAUACUCGCUGCAAAAAUACCACGCCUCCAGGGUGCACAAGAACAACAUCUCAGAGGAGGAGCUACGGGGUUUCCGCAAUCUGAUGGUCGACUAUGGCGCCCUUCACGACGCGCCCGCCUCUAACCCAGCCCUGGCCGUACAUCCUCUGGAGCCCGCGUCGACCAUGGCUUCAGGAUCAAACACUAGCCCGGGGAUUGAGAUCAGACAACAGACCUACGCGCAGCUACAGGAUACGCCUCAACCAGCGAGGACCGAGUCAGCGAGCGACACGUCCUUGGUGGACGUCUUGGAUUUCCCGCAUGAUUUUGGAAGUGUAGACCACCUCGUCUCGGAAGAGGAGAUGGCGGGGAUUUUCCAGGAGUUCUGGACCAUGUUCCCUGGGGAGGUUGGCUCGGGGAACAUGACUUUCUAA